UGUUGUUCCCAAGUCCCCUCUAAUGUAACACGCUUCCUGGUUCGGGGCCCUUACUACAGGCUGGGGCUUCCUCUUCCUUGCUCCUCCCAAUUCUACCGCCACGUCAGGCCUGUGCAGGUCUGUGUGAUCAGUGCUGCACACCCACCAUCCCUGGGCUGCUGCUGGCGGUAGGUACAUUAGGUUUGAGGAGGGAAGGUUCCUGUGUGUUCCAGUGGGGUGCUAGGCUGUCUGUGCCCUGGGAGGGGGUAAAUUGUGACUGCUGUGAAUUCUUACUCUCCCCUCCUUAAUCCCCAAGUGCCCCUGUCCCAUACUGUACCCUAUUCUAUUGUAUGAUUUGUCUUGAUGUGUGCACUCAUUAAGUGCUGGUGGUCCAUUAUAGGGAGCUGUAAGGCUGAAGCAUGGAGAGUCUGUACCGUAUGCCAUUCACUGUGCUGGAAUGCCCCAACUUGAAGCUGAAGAAGCCUUCUUGGCUGCAUAUGCCCUCUGCUAUGACAGUCUAUGCCAUGGUGGUGGUAUCCUAUUUUCUCAUCACAGGAGGUAAGGCAGAUCAAUUCAGUUCGUGCAAUCUCUGCACCAUAUACCGUAAUAACAUGACUUCCCAAAUCUCUGCAUUGUACUGUAUUGUCUGUAAUUUUGUAUUUUGAAUUAAUCAAUUUGGGGAUGUGUGAAAGAAUAACUACUUUUUCUGUAGUUUGAUAUAUUAUGCUAAACUACUAAAUUUCUAUUAGCUGUUGUGUAGCGUACAGUCCAUAUCACUGAACAAUGAAGUGAGGUGGCAACUGGACUCCUGUUCAGUAUGUAAUGAGAUGCCAAAUUGAAAUGUCCCAAUGGUGACAAGAUACACCGCCUCUCAAUUUACAUACAAUGUAGCAACCUGUCUUAUAGCCUAGCUAUAGUCUAUUGAUCAUAACAAAUUAUGUUUUAAAGGGGAACUCAAGGAAGUUACUGCUCCCCCCCCCCUCCCCCCACACACACACACCAAAAUAACAGCAGCUUAUUGUCGUUCUUCUGGUGUCUAUAACUUGCCUAUGCAGGCUUUUUAAUGUUUUAAAUGUUGAGAGAAAAGGCAGCAUUUACAUUACUGCUUAGUAAUACCUCUAGAGCCAGUCACCAGAUGUGCUUUUCUGCGCUGGUGUUCAGCAUCUCCAGCGUCUCAGCUCUGAACAUUCCCCAUAUAGAUGUAUUGAUUCAAUGUUGACUGGUGCAGCGCAGCAUUUUGGCGCACAUGCUCCAUCGCACCCAAUGACUUGGUGAUCUUAGCCAUGGUGGCGGACUGAGGCGGAGCCGGCUACGGCAAGACCAGCGUGGUAUGGGAGAAAAGAUGACUAAAAUCACCUUACACCUUUUUUACCUCAAAAAGAGGGGGACUGGGGACCUAAACAGUUAUUUUAUCACUAUAGUGUCAUUUGUCUUUGUGUUUCUGAUACUAUAGUGUUCCUUAGAGUUUACAAUGCAUUAUUAGCCAGGUGAAUGCAGGGAAACAGGAAGGGAGUGGAAGCUGGAACAAACAACUUUUCCCUUGCAGGCAAUGCUGCAAUUGAGAAGCUCAUUAUGUCUGCUGCCUGCACACUGUGCAUGCUGGAGACCUUUGCACAGAAUCGAUAUUAUUCAGCCUAGAACAGAAGUCAUGUGUGCCGGGGGGGGGAACGUGCACAUUAGUCAAUAAGCGGCGCUCCUGCCCAGCGGAGAGGUAUAAUAAUGCUGAACUGUCACCUCCACAUUAUCAAUGUCUGUUCUAUCCAAUCUGGAAAGUAUUGAUCAGUACCAUGCAAGUUAGAUGGAAUUAACAGUUUACAAAGAUAUUGAUUUAAAGGACCACUCUAGGCACCCAGACCACUUCAGCUUAAUGAAGUGGUCUGGGUGCCAGGUCCCUCUAGGAUUAAACCAUUUUUUUUUUUUUUUAUAAACAUAGCAGUUUUAGAGAAACUGCUAUGUUUAUAAAUGGGUUAAUCCAGCCUCUAAAGCCUCUAGUGGCUGUCUCAUUGACAGCCGCUAGAGGCGUUUGCGUGCUUCUCACUGUGAAAAUCACAGUGAGAAGACGCCAGCAUCCAUGGGAAAGCAUUUUGAAUGCUUUCCUAUGAGACUGGCUGAAUGCGCGUGCAGCUCCUGCUGCGCAUGCGCAUUCAGCCUGAGAGGAGGAGGAGAGCUCCCUGCCCGGCGCUUGAAAAAAAGGUAAGAUUUAACCCUUUCCUCGCCAUCCAGCCUGGCAGGAGGGAGACCCUGAGGGUGGGGGCACCCUCAGGGCACUAUAGUGCCAGGAAAACGAGUAUGGUUUCCUGGCAUUAUAGUGGUCCUUUAAAUGGUGAAACAAUGCCAGGACAUUCUUGGCAACAUAACCAGUAUGGCGAACUGUAGUGAUUAUGUUGUUUAAACUAUAGUAAAGCUGCUAUUAACUGCUAGGUGUCUGUAAAGAAGGGGCUCCACAUAUAUCUAUUCCGCUGUAGUUGGCUGUUUUCAAGCACCAUGAUCACUACAAUACACUGUAGUGGUGAUAGUGUCUGGGGCGCCUUUCCAUUCUACAUGGUUAAACUGUUAAAGAAUGGUUUGACAACUUACCUGGGGUCUGCUGAGCACCUUCCACUGACUCUCAUAGAUAUGGAAGCUUUCUAAGGAGCUUCCCUUAACUGCAUUGAGUAUUAUCAGCCAGACUUAUCUCUGUGUAGGAGCUUCCUUUUCACUGGAGGUGGCAGCAGGCAGGACCUGGCUCACUGUAGCUAAUGGCAGCUCCUUGAGGGAGCUUUUUGGUUUCAGGACAUGACUGGCACAUUGCAAGUCCCAAGUAAGUUGUCAAACCAUUCCUAAAUAGACUACUGGGAGAGACACCAGGUCACUCCUAGCACCUUAACCACUAUAGUGGGAUGUAAUGGUUAUGGUGCUUGGAGCAUUCUUUUCAUGCUUUGCAGCUCAAGAUUAGGAGUCUGCAGCGUGCCAGAUUUCUGUUGAGUCAGUGUGGUUUCUUGAUUUCACUGUCUAUACCGUAAAUCUUUUCUAGUCCUGAUAAUUUUUCUGGUGUCAUCCUUACGUGAUUCUAUUAAUUUUAGGAAGGUAUCCCAAAUGUUCAAUUUGCAGGGUUAAGACAGCAUCUAAUGGCUAUCUUCCAGAUAGCCACUAAAUGCGCUGUGUGCGUUCUUACUCCGUGAAAAUGAUGUUGGACGGCAUCACGCUUUGCAUGAGGACAUCCAGCAUCUUCCAAAAAAAAAAACAUAGGAAAGCAUAGAUCCAGUGCUUUCCUAUGGGGAAGGUCUAAUGCGCACUCAGGACUCACUGCACAUGCGUGUCAGGUUUCCACCAUCAGCGUGACGUCUCGUGGAAGAUGAGACCUAUUCGGUGCCAUGGGACCUCAGCACUGGAAUUAAGGUAUAUGGAAAAAGGGUUUUUAACUCUUUAAUCACCGGGUGGGAAGAAGGUGCAGAGGGACACUAUAGCAUUAGGAAAACACAUUUGUAUUCCUUACAUUAUUGUGCUCCUUCAAUAAUUUAUUUUAUAAAUUAAAAGGUGUUUUAUUUAUUUUUUAAAUAAACAUUUUGUUUUAGGUCAGAUUAGUAACCGUGUACUCUAAAGGGAUUUCCUAAGCUCCAAAACCACUACAUAUUAAAGUAAUGUUUUUGGUGCAUAGACCCUGUCAGACUGACCGCUUAAAGGCUCUUCUUCAUAAAGACCUUGGAAAAUCAAAGGUUUUCGGCAUCAUUCUUGCUGGAUUCAAUUCAUCUGAUUGGUGGAGCUCAGCAAUUGGUGUGCAUGUGCCAUAGGUAGGUAUCAAGUUCUUGAUUUGUAAUAGAGGUCAUCGUUAAUGUUGUUUAGUAUGUGCGCUGUACAAGGUUAAAGAUCCCCCCCGCCCCUCAUUUUCCCCUUUUCAAUUUUGCCAAGGGUAGUGAUAUUUACCUCGAUGUUCAAAACACAUCUUCAAUGAAGUAUCCGGUUUUAUCCUUUUUUUUUUAUGUCUAUCUGGGGCCUUAGGACUGCUAAAUAAGAGGAAAAAAAUAAAAUAUAUACACACACUUUAUUUAGCCCUUGCAGCUAGUUACAUUUAAUAAACCUCUAUUAUCAUUUCCUUUGGGGAUAUCUUUCAGACCAAUAUAGAGCAUCAAAACCUGUUCACUGUGAAGCAGUAGACCUGGGAAUAGAACUCUUGUUUUUCAUCCAUUGUCCUUUUGAUCUGGAUACAACUGAUCUGUAUAGCUCAGCAUAUUUGAAUGGCUAGCCUAUGGUUUGCUGCUGCCCUUGAGUGGCAAUUUCUGUGUAAUACAUUCCUCUGAGAUAUAUAUAUAUAUAUAUAUAUGUUUUUCUUCUCUCAACUAUAAUUGAGUCUAACAUAGGUUAAACACAGAUGUUAAAGUAUGUACUUUAUGUAAGUGACCACAACUGUUUCAACAAAAUGCAUACUUUUUAUUUUAUUUUUUAAUUUCUGUUAAAUUCUUUUCAAUUUUUUGGGGGGGUGGGGGAAGGUUAAAUUGUUGCACAUCAUUAUUGAAGGCUUAAUGCUGUUUUUGAUUUUGUGUGUUUUUAGGAAUAAUAUAUGAUGUGAUUGUAGAGCCACCUAGUGUUGGAUCAAUGACAGAUGAACAUGGUCAUCAAAGGCCUGUGGCUUUCUUAGCCUACAGGUAAGCCUUGAAAAUGUCUUUUACCCUAUUAAUAAUUUUCAAUAUUGCCAUAAAAUGUUUUUUUAAUCCUGGUUUGCUGUUUAUUAGAAAUUAUUCCGUUUUAAAAGCAUAUUAAUAAAUGCUUUAAUUGUCAGACUAUAAUGCGCCUACAAUAUAAUGCUGAACAUUAUACAUUCUUUAAAAGGGCUUUGAACUUGUUGGCCACUAAGUAUUCAGGUAAGGGACAGGACCGGAUUUCCCAUUAGGCAGAGUAGGCACCUGUAAAAAGGCCCCUGUCCUCUAGGGGCGCCUCUUUUCAGCUCUUAUAAUGCUCCUUUGUGAAAUGCAAGUGGGGUGUUAGGGAAAGAUAAGUACCCAGAGCCUUUGCCUGUGUCCUCAGUAGUCCAGUCAGCCUCCUAUGCUUGAUUGCAGGUCUUCAGGAACAGUUAUGGAGAGUGUGAAACUCAGAGCUCUGCCAGCUCCUACAGUGUGCUGGGUAGGAAGUGUAAAGGAUCACUUCCCACCUGCCCGUUAAUAGCUUCUCACAUAGGAAAUCCAUUGCAGGAGGAGCAGGGACAGCACUGAGUAUGCAUACUGUAUGACCGCUAUUGCAACGCCAAUAUUAAUCAUAAAAGGCUGACUGAACUACAGAAGUCAUAGGAGAGUGAGUAAUUUGCAAAUAAACAUUAAUUCUCCAAAAGCCCUAAACACCCUUUUCCCCUACACUAAAUUGAACCCCUCCCAAAACGUAAGCAUUUUAGCAUUUAAAGCCUAAACCUGAAAAACCAUAUACCUUAAUCUUAGGUUAAUGUGUACUAAACACCCCAUGUACCUCAAUACUAACCUUAGCCCAAAAUCUAACCCUAAACUGAAUAAUUCUAAACACCCCUAAUACUACAACUAUAACUCAUCUCUAUGUAAGCUAACUUUGACAUUAACCCUUCUAUAACCUUAACCCCUUAAGGACACAUGAUGGAAAUAUUCCGUCAUGAUUCCCUUUUAUUCCAAAAGUUGUGUCCUUAAGGGGUUAAACCCUCCUUUACUCUUACCUAACAUAACAUAACACGAUCUUUAACCAUGCAUGUAUUUACAUAGAUGUAGCUGGGCAUGGGGUGUCAGGGGGCACCUUAGAAUUAUGUGCCGAUAGGCCCCUGACAUUGAAAUCUAGCCCUUAGCAGAACUAUAACUGUUUUUUUAGCCCUCUAACUAUUUACAAAACUCUAUGGGGUUUUUAGCAACCUGUUUAAAAUGGAACUGUUCCCCUUAUUUAGAGAGCAGAGUAAUACAGAGCUGCUGUUAUUAAAGAAGAAACUCUUUCAGUGUUGCAGGAAGUUUUUUUUUUUAGAAACCACAUUGUGAUAGUAACUUGGCAUGUCACAGGCCCUUUAGGGUUUGGCGUAAUCUGGAUUGUGGUUGUAGCAGAAUACUAAAGAAGAAAGACCUGUGUUUUAUGGUCUGUGCAUGCAGACCCAUUUCCUUUCCUUUAAAUUAUAACAGCAGUUUGUCUUCCAUAUAUCACAAGACUAAAAAUAGGGAUAUUAAAUCUUUAUUCUGACAUUAUGUUGUAUAUGAAACACAUAGUUAAACAAUUUCAAAGAUGUCCCUUUUCUGUUCUGAUACAUGAUUUGCAUUUAUUCUUUAAUGCUCUACUGCAGUGUUUCUAAACCAGUCCUCAAGACCAACAAACAGUCCAGUUUUUGUCAGUAUUUCCAUUGGAAUAAAUCCUGGAUUGUUGGUGGCCCAUGGGGCCUAGUUUGGCAACAACUGCUUCUACUACAAACUUAUGAUAGUAACUACAGAACUCAUCACUUUCUUACUUAGAGACCAAUACUAUGCACACCAUAGAGAACUCCUAUAACCCUGUGAAACAUGACUUUGGUUCUGAUCAAACCCAGAUAGACUCUAGCUGUUAAAAUUAUCCUUCCUUAAUGUAUGCAGGCACAGCAGCGGUUUCAGCAUAGAGUAAAAAGAGGCAAUAUUCUGUCACAUCUUUUCCCACUGAUUCCUUGUUAAGUUGUAUAAUAAAUAUUUCAUUAUCUUUAGGGGUGUCCUUGUCAUUAUUUUCCUUCUUCAGGUCCCAAAGCCUUAUUUCUCAUCACAAGACUGUUAAUUACUAUAGUUGUGUACAUUUAUUUUGUGUUCCCUGAUCACUGUUGUUUUGGAUUUCUGCAGGGUGAAUGGACAGUAUAUUAUGGAAGGCUUGGCAUCAAGCUUCCUGUUUACUAUGGGAGGUCUAGGAUUCAUCAUCUUGGAUCGAUCAAAUGCACCGAAUAUCCCCAAGCUGAAUAGGUUCCUGCUGCUGUUCAUCGGAUUUGUGUGUGUCCUACUCAGCUUCUUCAUGGCUAGAGUAUUCAUGAGAAUGAAGUUACCGUAAGUAAUUUCCAGUGUCAAGUAACUUCUAGUUUUUAUAGAUAAUAAAAUAUCCACUGAAGUUACUCCUCAUCAAAUCAGAUAUUUUAUGUAAACACUAAAGUUUUACAAACAGUGCUUGGAUUCUGUGCAUUGUGGUACAGUGGAUUCAUUUUGAACUCAUGGAUACGCUUGGUUUGUUCAUAGUUUAAGUGAAUGACUAUUUAUAGGGCUUGUACACCAUUAAAGGGAUUCUAUAGUGUAAGGAGUACAAAUCUGUAUUCCUUACACUAUAGUUCCUUCUGACCUUCUCCUCUUCCCCCAACAUUGCAAGGUUUACAAAAACCCUUCUAACACUUUCCUGAUUCCAGUGCCAAUCUCCCUCUGUACUGGGUCGGCGCUCCGCUUCCUGCAGUGUUACCCAAUGAGGAGAAGCUAAUGUGCAUGUCCGGCGUGCGCCCCAAGCGCAUUAGACUCUCCUUAUAGGAAAUAGGAAAUCCUAUUGGGAUUUAACUGACACUAGAUGUCCUCAUGCAGCGUCAGGCGACCAAGAGUAGCCUAACCAACAGCAAGUGCCUUUACUGGCUGACUGACAGCCACUAGAGGCGGUCUUAGUCCUGCAGUUUAAUCUGAAAUGAUUUAUAUUGCAGGACUAAGUGGGACUGGGACACUGCCCCCAGACCACUUCAAUGAGAUGAAGUGGUCUGAGUGCCUAUAGUGUCCUUUUAUCAGAAUAUUUUAACCAGUUCCAAAUUUAUCCAUUAAUAAAGUGAGUCUAGGGUGCCCAGCAAACUUGGAAGGAAGGAUGGAGUUCUGUGACUCAUUAUAAAAGACUACUGUGCUUUUCUGUGUGUUUCUGUAGGAUUUAUUCACGAAACUCUGAAUUGUAAGCCAAAGUGCAUAAUUUAGGCUAAAAUCGCCAGUCUCUGAAUUUUUUGAGUUGGAGAAUUUUUGCAGAUCAGCUAUCUUGGUCUAAAUUUAGCAGUUUGGCUUUCAGUUCACUACAAACCCAUGCUUCGUAAAUUCUUAUGUGUCUAGUGUAUUUUUCUCUGUGUGUGUCUGCAUGCUUGUAUACCCAUUCCUUCUUGACUAACAUUUGGGGCCUCUUAAGAGCUAAUCAGAUUGUAACCAAUCAUCUCUGAAUGGAGGUGUACUUUGAAAUGUUAGAAGAUGGCAAGCAUAGGAUGUCUUCAUUAAAGUGCCAAAUACUUCAGUUUGCUUGCUAAAAAAAUUACAUUUGGAUCCAUCGGAAAGAGCACGUGAGGAUCUUCUCAGAGCAUGGUCCAGCAGUAUAAUGACUAGUAAGAAGUACCUAGCUUGUUGGAGUGAAAUUUUUAGUUACAAUUCGAAUUAUUGAUGUAGCACCUACAUAUUACACAACGCUGUAUAAAAGGAAACAAGACAAACGUUUUGUUUUAACAAAACAUGUGACUUAUUGGCAGGGUUCUCCAAACUUUGGCUCUCCAGAUGUAGCUGAACUACCAAUUAUUUGCUUCUCUGACUUUUUAAUUCAAAGAAUCAUGGGAGUUGUAGUUCAGUAACAUCUGAUGGCCCAGUGUUUGGAGAACCAUGACAUAUGGAAACAGUAGGUUUACAUUCAUGCUGUCAUGUGAUGAGCGAUACACUUUGUUGUGCCACUCUGUUUAAUAGAUGGCAAAUAUCCAGUUUCAAUAUUAUUUUUAACCCAUUUCUAGCAGGCCAGCCCUUUUUUUAACUUCUCUUAUUUUGUUUCUCCUCAUCACUUGUAAAAAAUAAAAAAAAAUAAAAAAAGCAGUAACAUUCAUGAUAUUGUUAUCUGCUGCUGGAACACAUACUCAUAGACUUAAUAUUACCAAGUUUAUUUAUACUGUACAGAAUAAAUGGGUAAGAUCCCUAUAUACCCUUGCAUGUUUUUAUUUGAACCAUUAGGAUCUUAUUCAGCUCUGUGUGUGUUUAUAAAUCCACACAGCAGCUAUAAAACAUUACCUUAUUUUACCUUGCAAUGAUUGCCUAAUUGUGUACGGGAAUGAGGUAGACAGAGCUUGUCAGUGAAAGGUAUUUCUGCCAUCUUUUACUUCUGGUAGUUCUGCUCAGAGAAAUCAUCCUGUACUUCAGUUUUUUUAAUAUGGUGACAGAGCAAGACAUUUGGAUAACUGGAGAACAGAUGUCGAAAUCCUCUCUCACAGGGUAAUAAAAUUCACAUGUAAAGGCUGACAUUACCUGCUGGUCCUAAUAAGAAUUGCGUUAAGGCUGCAGUUAUACGUUGAGUAGUGGGUACUGCGAGUCUGGUAAAGCUGUGUGCCUGCAACCUGUCACUGUCAUCCAUGCAUCUUUUUAUCACAGCAGCAGUGGACAGGACAGGAGAACCAAUGUUUUUGGCAUAACGCUCAAAAUACAGUGUGAUAGAAAUGUCUUCCAUCAUUGACUCUGUGAAAUUGGUGUGGGCUCAUUGUCUGUAGUGUGUGUGUGUGUUACCUGUGCGUAGUGUGUAGUCUGCUAGCAGCAUGUAAUGUUCUGGGUUUGUGGUACAUGGUAUGCCAGUGCAGACCACAGUAAAACUGGCUUGUAUUCCUGGCACUCUCUCACUGAGCGCAAAGGCUGGGAAUACCGGUGGCAGAGCGUCUGCGCUCUGACUCAUUAGUGAGCUCUGGACUACAAGGCAGCAAUUACAGUAGUCUGCUCCCACCAGAAGUGCAGACCACUAGCAUGCCACUUGUUCUUGCCAGGGCUAAAAUAAUAAAAAAAAAAUUAAAAAGAAAAAAACAGCCUGCCUGUUUGGUGCCUGAAAGUGCAUGUCCCAGGCAUUGAGUUAUACAAAUUCCACAUCCAUGAUGCUUGCAGUAUUUGCCUGUAACCUUGUCUAGUGGUUCCCAAACCAGCCGUCAAAGCCCACCAACAUUCCAGGAUUUAACCAUUCUCCAGUUCUGUUCCAGUGUGUUUACUGACACAACUGUUUUGUUCCUUAAGGACUGGGAUGGGAACCACUGGUGGAAUGCAAUGCUGCAUAUAUCUGUAUAUAUUUUAUUCAACUCUUACUGCAGUAGCAAGAUUUUAACACAAAGUAUAAUGUAAUUUUUAUUGGAAAUGAAUAAAUACUAUAAACUUUGUAGAAUGUAGAAAUGUAGGCUUCUAAAUAUGCAUUGAAAGGGAUACUCUAAAUACCAAAACAACAUUAAUUUAAUGAAGCAGUUAUGGUGUAUAGUAGGGAUCGACCGAUAUUGAUUUUUUAGAGCCGAUACCGAUACCGAUAUUCUGUGAACUUUCAGGCCGAUAGCCGAUAUAAUUUGCCGAUAUUCUGUACAUUUACCAUUUUGGAAAAUAAAAACUAUUUCUAAAGGUAAAUGCACAAAAUAUACAUGCCACGUGUAGUGGAUGCAGUGUGACAGGGGAGCUGUGUGUGUGUGUGUAGUGGAUGCAGUGUGUGUUUUUGUGUAGUGUGUGUGUAGUGGAUGCAGUGUGUGUCUUUGUGUAGUGUGUGUGUAGUGGAUGCAGUGUGUGUCUUUGUGUAGUGUGUGUGUGUAGUGGAUGCAGUGUGUGUCUUUGUGUAGUGUGUGUGUAGUGGAUGCAGUGUGUGUCUUUGUGUAGUGUGUGUGUAGUGGAUGCAGUGUGUGUCUUUGUGUAGUGUGUGUGUAGUGGAUGCAGUGUGUGUUUGUGUAGUGUGUGGGUUGUGGAUGCAGUGUGUGUUUGUGUAGUGUGUGUGGAGGAUGCAAUGUGUGUUUGUGUAGUGGAUGCAGUGUGUAUUUGUUUAGUGUGUGUAGUGGAUGCAGUUUGUAUUUGUUUAGUGUGUGUAGUGGAUGCAGUUGUAUUUGUUUAGUGUGUGUAGUGGAUGCAGUGUGUAUUAGUGUAGUGUGUAUAUAAUGAAAGCAGAGUGUUUGUGUAGUGUGUGGGUAGUGUGCGUAAAGUGAAUGCUGUAUAUACUAAAUGCAAAGUGUGUGUGUAUAUAAUGAAUGCAGAGUGUGUGUGUAUUUGUGUACUGUGUGUAUAGUGAAUGUAGUGUGUGUAUAUAAUGCAGUGUGUUUGUGUAGUGUGCAUUAUAUAAACACACUACGCAAAUACACUGCAUUAUAUACACACACUAUGCAAACACACUGCAUUAUAUACACACACUACACACACAAACACUGCAUUAUAUAAACACUACACAAACACACACACUGCAUUAUAUACACACUACACAAACACACACUGCACAAACACACUACAUAAACACACACCGAAUUAUAUAAACACACUACACAAACACACUGCAUUAUAUACACACACUACACAAACACACUGCAUUAUAUACACACACUACACAAACACACACUGCAUUAUAUACACAGUGUGUUUGUAUAGUGUGUGUAUAUAAUGCAGUGUAUUUGUGUGCAUUGUAUACAAACACACACUAUACAAACACACAUUGCAUUAUAUACACAGUGUGUUUGUGUAGUGUCUGUGUAUAUAAUGGAGUGUGUGAGGGGGAAUUUUUUAUUAAAUUAUUUUUAUAUAUAUAUAUUUAAUUAUUAUUUUUUGUCCCCCCUCCCUGCUUGUUGCCUGGCCAGGGAGGGGGGAUAUAGCAGUCCCUGGUGGUCCAGUGGUAUUGGCUCACCUCCCAGCAGCUCCUCCAGCUCCGCAGUGCAACUCUCGCGGCCAGCGUGUCGCGCUGCCAUGGUGACCCAUGGCAACGCUCUGACGGCGGCGGGUCUCGCGAGAGUUGCACUGGGGAGCUGGAGGAGCUGCUGGGAGGUGAGUAAGCGCUUGCUCUCCGCCCCCCCAGGACCGCCGGGCUUGUAAUGAGCCUGGCGGUCCCAGGAGGUAUUAUCGGCAAUAUCGGUAUCUGAAUUGGCCGAUACCGAUAUUGCCGAAAAUACCGAAUAUCGGCCGAUUAUAUCGGUAAAACCGAUAAUCGGUCGAUCCCUAGUGUAUAGAUCAUGCCCCUGCAGUCUCACUGCUAAAUCCUCUGCCAAUUAGGAGUUAAAUCAGUUUUUCUUCUGUUAAUGCAGCUGUAGUCACACCUCCAGGGCUGUGACUCUCACAGUCUACAUGUAAAAGUUUUUCAUUUUCAAUCAGUCCGUACAGUGUGUUCAUUGUAGAAGUUUUUAUCUCCUGCUCUGUUAACGGAACUUAAAUGACACACAUUAGACUCCUGUAGGCUCUAGUAGGCUAUUAGAAUUUCUAUGCCUUGCAAAGAUUUUUAAAUAUGACUGUUUACAAGUGCAAACACGGUUUACUUUGGUAAUAAGGGGUUGUGAUAUUACGAUAUUGCACAUUGUUAUUACCAACACAUGUUCACGAAACCAUUGUGUCUUUUAUUCUUUUGCAGUGGAUACCUCAUGGGCUGAAUGUAACAUUUGCCUGCACCAAAUACUCUAAUAAAUUGCAGUAAUAAUCAAGGAAGAAGAAUUACGGCCGCUUGUGGCAGAAAGUGUGGGACUUUAAGUAUGAGAGAUGACCAGAAAAGCGCAAUCUUCCUUAAAAGACCUAGCUUGUCAGCAAAAAAAUAUUUUUGUAGUUGUUUUUCACUGCUUGUUGUGUCCAUAUUUGGUUCAGAAUAAAAUAAUCCUUUGUUAGUUAGCAUUGUUUUUAAUGCACAAUAAGAUUUACGAUUUGUACAUACUAAGGGGGACUAUUGGGAACUUAACUUUGCUUAUCUUUUGGGAGCUGAUCUGAUUGGAUGAAAUCGUAAAGCAUGAAUGGCACAACUUCCACCAUAACGAUCAUUAUAAUAAUAUAAUUUAUAAUUAUCACCUGAUUAAUCCAUUUGUAGAGGUCAAAAUGAAAAGAAAUUCCACAUUUAUUUAUUUUUGAGAAAAGUUGUUUUUUUAAACUUUAUUUAUCACAGUCCCUGAUUUAAAUAGUUUUUCAUUAUCCAAAUUUAAAGUGCUUUUCUUUUUCUUCCCAACCCAGUCUGUAAUUGCUCGGAAGGGUUUAUUGCCCCCCUUUCUUCUCCCCUAUGGUCAUAAAGUGUUAACUCCAAAGUGCUCGAAUUUCCUGAUCACAGAUCAGAGAAUUGGUUCCCUGGUUCUGAAAAUACUGUUUGCUUCAAUUAGAGUUUUGCCAGAAAUAAGCCCGUUUUGUACAUCACCAUUACAAAGUAAAUUCUUUCAAAGUAUGAGAUUUAUUGGGUCUGCAUAUUGGUAACAAGCUGUGCUGUUUAGUUUAUUUUUUAAAAAGUGGUGGUUUUUUUUCCUUCUUCUUUUUUGACAUGCUCUGCAGGAGGUGGUAUGUAAAUCAAACCUAUGCGGUGCCAUACAUGCGCAUGCUUGUCUGACACAAUGUCUGAGUGGACAUGCGCUUGUAUGCCAUGACUUGAAGUUGCCCAACUGAGACUGUUCUUCUAUUUCCAGCUAUCACGUUCACAUUGCCUCUUCAGUAUUAAAAAUGUAAAAAAACAAACAAAAACAGACAUCCCCCCUCAGGGACAAGUGGACAUUGUGGAGCAAACAGCAUCCAUCUUGUUGGGUAAAGGCAAAAGAGGUAUGUAUUUGCUGCAGCUUAACCAUGGUAGACAAAUUAAAUGGUGCGAUACAAGAGGCAGCUGCAGGUGGCCAAAUCAUUUUGCUCAUCAGCGAGCAAAAUAAACAAGAACUGUCUCUAUAGCCAUGGUGAUCGCAUGAGCCAUAAUCGAUGCACCGUCUUGAAAGGUAACGUUUCAGAGUUACAUUGCAGGCGUCCCUAUCAGUAGCAAAGUAGAAUUCAUUGAGCAAGUAAAGACUAUCACUUCAACAAUU